CGAUGAUUACUAGGAAAAAAAAAAAUCCCUAAUUCAAUGGAAAGAGAAAAAAAAAAGGAAAGCUUUUCCUUCAAACAAUUAUGGCUGAAAAAAGAAAAGAAUCUCCUCCUACUGGAGCACUCAUUAAGCGCGCUAAACAAGAAGACCAAGAUACAAAUAAACAACUCAUUAAUUUAUCAAAUGAAAGAUCAGGAACAAAGAAUGUUAUUGUUGGAACUAUUAAACGAACUUCAGGUUUAGAAGCGCCUGUUAUGCAACUAACUGGCCAUGAGGGUGAAGUAUUUUCUUGUGAAUUUGAUCAUUCUGGAGAAUAUAUAGCAAGUGCAGGCUUUGAUAGACAAAUCUUACUAUGGAAUACAUAUGGAGAAAUUAAAAACUAUGGUAUAUUAAAGGGUCACUCAAAUGCCAUCAUGGAAAUUCAUUGGUCUAGAGAUUCUACUCAAAUAUUCAGUUGCUCAGCAGAUAGAACAGUUGGCAUCUUUGAUGUGAAAACAGGAGAACGUGUUCGUCGAUGGAGAGGACAUACAGGCAUUGUAAAUAGCUGUCAAGUCGCACGCAGAGGACCUGAAUUAGUUGUUUCAGCUAGUGAUGAUUGUACAGUAAAGAUAUGGGAUCAUCGAACAAAGGAAGCUAUUCAUUCAUUUGACCAUGACUAUCAAAUGACAAGUGUAUGUUUUAGUGAUGCUGGAGAUAUGAUUUAUGCUGCUGGACUUGAUAAUGAAAUUAAAGUAUGGGAUAUACGUAAAAAUCAAAUAUCAUACACUUUAGAGGGACAUAUGGAUACGAUCUCUGGUAUGGCGCUGAGCCCAGAUGGAUCUUAUUUAUUAACAAAUGCAAUGGAUAAUACAGUUCGUCUAUGGGAUAUUAAACCAUUUGCACCAGCAGAUCGUUGUCUUAAACUAUUCGAGGGAGCACCUCAUGGAUAUGAAAAGAAUUUAAUUCGACCUUGCUGGUCUACUGAUGGAAGUCAGAUUGCUUGUGGUUCAGCUGACAGAUCAGUUGUUAUUUGGGAAGUUGAUAGUAGAAAGAUUCUUUAUAAAUUACCGGGACAUAAAGGUUGUGUGAAUGAUGUUGAUUGGCAUCCAAGAGAGCCCAUUAUUAUGAGUGCAAGUACAGAUAAAACUCUUUAUUUAGGUGAAGUUAAACCUACGAGGUUGUAGUAUAUAUAUAUAUGAAUAUGUACAUGUUUAUAUGUUUAUAUAUUAAAAAAAAAAAACUUGAUAUUUGUAUUUUCAUUAUAAUUCACUUUAUGAUAUAAAAUGGUAAGGAGACU